CACCUCCUCCAUCCAUCAAUUGUCCUUCCUUCCUCACACAGGUAUAUAUACGGCCUGCCUGUCUGCCAUCCUCUCCUUCUCGCUUUCCCGCCACCCGCCUCCAUCCAGCCGCCUCCCUCUCCUCGCCAGCGCGGUAACCACAGCUACUUCAGCAUCUUUGGGUAAAUCCAGGUGAUAACCCAUCCUUCUUUACAAGUACCGUUAUAAAUACGACCGCGCAGAGCGCAUUACAACUCGUCCACCCAAUAAACAAACAACCAUGCUCGCAUCCAUUAUUGCUGCUCUCCCCCUCCUUGCUUUCCUCCCUCUUUCCAGCGCUCACGCCGUCUCGGAUGGUGUCGCCCUUGAGUCCCGAUUAUGGUACGAACGCGCUGCCGCUGCUCUCUCUUCCGAGGCCGAAGCGGCGGGCGUCCCCAGUGGUUUCCGAUCCAGGGCUCACACGUCCGGCUUGCGUCGUCGUGCUUCUCGACAUCAUAGUGAAGCUGGCCAAAAGCUCGUAAGGCGUAAGAAGGAGACUACUCAGAAACGUGACGGGGAAAAGAAGAAGAAGAAGAGGUCUUGCAAGGCUAAAACGACUGGUCUUGGUGCCGCUGCUACUGCGUCUUCAUCCUCUGUGAGCGAGGAAGUCUCUUCCAGCGCAGCUACCGUGUCCAAUUCUCUUGGUGCAGUUGCCAACGCUGCUACAGCUGGCAUUAGCUCGCAGGCCGAGUCUAGCGCGGUGUCGUCUUCCUCUUCUAACGCCGCCCACGUCACCAACUACGCUCCUACUACCACUUCUUCUGCUGCGGGCUCCACCAUCACCGAUUCUGCUUCUGCUGUUGCCGAUGCUUGGUCGCCUGAAAUUUCUAUCGGUCUCUCUGCUAACGCGUCCAUCGACAUUCUCACCACUUACACUGUCCCUGAUUCUGCUACCACCGCUCCUACCAUCGCUCCCAGUGCGUCUGCCUCGACUACCUCUUCAGCGGCCAACUCUUCUACAUCUGAGCUUUCCAGCGAGCUUCUUCCUUGGGGUCACGGUAUUUCCAGUUGGACUACUUCUGGUGGUCUCCUCUCUUACGAUGCCGCCCUUAAGCCUCUAACUGCUGGUAAACUUCCCGAUACUGGUAACGCUCCCGAUGGUACCUCAGCUCUCUGCGCCAACUUCCCCGCUGGUUCUUAUGGUCUCACCAAUUCUGGUUUCUCUUUCUAUUCUUCAGGUGCCCACUCUGGUGUCGAGGUCGACAGCGCUCGUGAGGUCGCACUUUCUUAUGCUGUCUACUUUGAGGAAGGUUUUGGCUUCAACAAGGGUGGGAAGAUGCCCGGCCUUUACGGCGGAACUAGCUUGUCUGAGGCUAAGAGCUGCAGUGGCGGUCGAACGACUGACAGGGGAAGCUGUUUCUCAGCGAGGUUGAUGUGGAGGACUGAUGGUGCCGGUGAAAUUUAUGACUACUUGCCUGUUUCUUACACUGGCACCGACGACGGUUACGGCGAGUCCAUUGACCGAGGAGCUUUCACCUGGGCUACCGGCCGAUGGCAAACCGUUGCUAUGCGAGUCAAGCUCAAUGACGUUGGACAAGCAAACGGCGAGCAAGAACUUUUUGUUGAUGGCCAGAGCGUGAUCAACAUUUCUGGCGUCACCUUUGCUACUGAGGAGGACACCGCAAUCUUUGGUAUCAUGGCUCAGACCUUCUUCGGCGGUCACACUUCCGAGUGGGCUUCUCCCAAGGACCAGAACUUGUAUUUCAAGGACUGGACUCUUACUGUCCUUGCUUAAACCUAAGCGCAGACUACUUUAGGCAUUUGCAAUGCUUGGACGCAACUAUAAGGAGUUGUAAGGGGUUGUUUGCUUGUGUAAUUGCUGCCUUUGCGCUUCUUUUAUGGGGAAUUUCGACUGUUCGAGGACUGGUUUCUCGUUCAUAUUUUUAAUUAUCAUCUUGUCAUUACCGCAAAUUGCUGGCUCUAGAACCCUAAUCUCCUCUCUUUGGAUCAGCUGUUACCGCAGGUGUUUAUGUUCAUGUCAAUAUUUUGUUGUUACCGUGUGUAUACAAAUUUGCGGAUGCAUAUCCUGUGGGAGGCCGAA